CAGAGCUUCCCCCCUCAGGAUCGCUCUCAGGAUUUCAAUGGCCUAGAUCUCUUCAUCGAUGAUCUGCCUAUCCAGCGUAGCCUGGGCUGUUCUGGAACAUGCGCACGGACACUUUCCGUUCCAGAUGAGAUCGAUCAGAAGCCGUUCACCCGCAGAGGGGUACUCUCGACCGUGAACAGCUAUACGACCCCCUAGGGUUUCUGCACCCAUCACAGUGAGGAAGACGGAUCCUAAGAGAACUCACCUUGCAAGCGGAAGAUUGGGACGCACCCCUUCCCAAAGACAUGGAGACCGAGUGGACUAGAUGGAAACAGUCUCUUCAAGACCUGGAGGGGCUCCAAAUACCACGGCCUUAUACGUCCCUCUCCACCACAGGUGCCCUAAGGAGAGAACUCUGCGUCUUCGCCGACGCGUCGGUCAGAGCAAUAGCGGCCGUAGCCUACAUCAGGGUAACUGGCAAGCAGGGACAAACUGAGAUUGGGUUUGUCUUUGGGAAAUCGAAGUUGGCUCCCCAACCUAGCCUAACUGUCCCUAGACUUGAACUUUGUGCUGCUGUGCUCGCCGUCGAGAUCGCUGAGAUGAUAGUCGCAGAGAUGGACACAACGUGCGACAACAUCACCUACUACACAGACAGUAAGGUCGUACUGGGAUACAUCCAUAACCAGUCAAGGAGAUUUUAUGUCUACGUACACAAUAGGGUCCAACGUAUCCUUCAGUCACUCUGUCCCGGCCAGUGGAAGUACGUUUCAUCGCAUCUUAACCCAGCUGACGUUGGGUCAAGAGCUGUAGCAUCAGCCCUGCUCAGCAGUACACCAUGGCUCAAAGGACCAGCCUUUCUUUGCGACGCAUCAGGGCAUCCAUCCGAGCUUCAAGAGAUGUACAAUUUUGUUGACCCCGACAUCGACGCCGAAGUGCGUCCACAGGUGACGACGAAACUCACCCAUGUCGCUAAAGGCGUGGUACGCCCUCAACGCUUUGAACGCUUCUCCAAGUUCAGCACACUCCAUGCAGCCAUUGCACAUUUGAUCCACGUAGCUAGCUCCUUCGCUCGCUCGACGCAGGGCGAAUGUCGAGGCUGGCACAUCUGUCGUCCUACAGAAGAGGAGCUGCUGAAAGCCAAAGUGUGCAUCGUAAAGAGUGUCCAGGGUGAGUGCUAUGCGGAAGAGCUCAAGUGUAUCGGUUCUGGAGUCGAUAUACCAUCUUCCAGCAGCUUGUGGAGAUUGCAUCCCAUUAUGGACCAGGAUCGACUACUCAGGGUAGGAGGUCGGAUCGAGCAGUCAGGCUUAGGCAUGAACGAGAUUCAUCCCAUCAUCAUUCCUGGCCGGCAUCACCUCGCAACUCUGCUUGUGUCCCACUAUCACGAAGCAGUAAAACACCAGGGGAGACAUCUUACUGAGGGUGCCGUUCGGGCUGCAGGUUUUUGGCUCGUGGGAGCCAAACGCUGUAUCAGCAGUCUGCUCUACGGAUGCAUCACUUGUAAGAAGCUGCGAGGGAAGGCCGAACAUCAACGGAUGGCAGCCCUGCCGGCAGAACGGUUACAAGUAGCACCUCCCUUCACCUACAUAGGUGUCGAUGUCUUUGGACCGUGGGGCAUCGUUUCACGCCUCACAAGAGGAGGAGUUUCAAACUCCAAGCGAUGGGCGGUGAUGUUCUCGUGUAUGUGUUCCAGGGCAGUGCACAUUGAGGUGAUCAAAGCCAUGAGUGCCAGCAGCUUUAUUAACACCUUGAGGAGAUUCUUUGCGGUCAGGGGCCCCGCGAAGCAGAUACGCUCGGACUGCGGAACUAACUUCGUCGGCGCUUCCUGUGAGCUGGGGAUGGACAAGGAAAACUCAGGGUUCGACAGGGUGGAGAAAUACCUCAGUAAACAGAGCUGCACCUGGGUGUUUAACCCACCCCAUGCAUCCCAUAUGGGUGGCGCAUGGGAGAGGAUGAUCGGCAUUGCCCGCCGUAUCUUGGACUGCAUGCUGCUUGAACAGAGAAAGUCUCGCCUGACGCACGAGGUUCUGACCACGCUUAUGGCCGAGGUAGCAGCAAUUAUGAACGCAAGGCCGAUCAUUCCAGUGUCAUCCGACCCCGAGUCGCCCUGCAUCCUCACACCAGCCAUGCUCCUGACUCUCAAAACAGGCUCCGCGCCUCCUUUGCCGUCAGGCAAGUUCGAGGAAGCAGAUCUCUUCAGGGAGGAGUGGAAACAAGUUCAGGGCCUGGCAGACAUGUUUUGGAACAGAUGGAGGCGUAAGUACCUCAAAACACUGCAACUUCAACACAAGUGGCAAGGUAAACAGCCGAAUCUUCAAGAAGGGAACGUAGUUCUCUUAAAGGAUGAUCGGGCAGAGAGAAAUGAGUGGCCCAUGGGCAUCAUCACGAAAGCCUUUCCAGGGAAGGACGGUCUGGUCCGGAGAGUCGAAGUGGAGGUCGUUAAAGAUGGAAAUAGAAGAGGAUUCUCUCGUCCCAUUACAGAAGUAGUUCUGCUUCUUUUUCCAAAGUCUGACUCUGCCAAUUGAUGUGGGCUCUUAAAGACCCCAAGCGGGGAGUGUUAUGCCCCCAGAAAUGUGUUCUUUGUGUUCUCUUUAUCUCGCUAUCGUAGCUUAGAGCGGUGUGUGUAUUUUCGUAACCAUGAUAACACGAGAGCAGUUUAUGCUGAGAGUCAGGAAGUGAAUCUACUGUGUGACUCGGGAUAUUAGCGUGUGGGCUCAUUCAACCGCCAGCUCCGCCGUUACAGGAUUAAUCCUUUUCUCUUCUCUAAGGCAUAGUCUGUGAGUAUAAUUCAUUUUGUACAAUUAAGCGGUGAAGCGUUUUGAACCGUUGUCUGUUAUUCGGUUAGCUUUAUUGUGUCUCAUAUAAGCUAUGCGGCUAGGCUGUCAAGCUGUGAUAAUUAGCCAGAUGCUUUGAGCUUAUUGCAUCUAUAAUACAUU